AUGACAAUGAUGAGCGGCAGCAACAACAACAACAACAACGUUGGACAGUUUGGGAACACAACGCUGACCAAAGUGUUCGUGGGAGGGCUAGCCUGGGAGACUCACACAGACACUUUGAGAGAGCAUUUUGAAAAGUUCGGUGAGAUCCUCGAAGCCGUCAUCAUUUCCGAUAAGCUCACCGGCAGAUCCAAAGGCUAUGGCUUUGUAACCUUCAAGGAAGCUGAGGCUGCCAAGAAGGCUUGCGAGGACUCAAGUCUCAUUAUCAACGGGCGCCGAGCCAACUGCAAUCUGGCUUCGCUCGGUGCACGCCGUCCAAGAUCCUCUUCGGCCACUUCACCACCCACUCCAACUCCUCCACAGCCACAACCACAAGGAGGAUCAAAUGGUGGAGGAAUGAGGAACGCCAAUCACCUCCAGUGGUACUAUCCGGUUGGAACACCUACACCAGCUGCUUCCCCAUUUCAUCAUCAGGCCCUUGCUUUCUACGGGUACCCACCGACGUACAUUGGAACAGACAUGAAUUACAAUUACAAUCAGUGUUUGCAGAAGGUGUGCUACGGAAACGGUGGGGGCUACAUGAAUGGACAGUUGUCGCAUGUGUACCCAAGCCAGGCUAUUGUGGGUGCGAAUACAUUGAUGCCAAUGUACCCUGUCUACCACUUCCCCAGAACCGAGACAAUGGGUGUCCCUGCCCACAUCUUCCAGCCAACCAUACCAACCCAUUUUGCCUCUGUGGCGCCCCCAUCCCUCACUGCUAACACAGAGACAGUUUGUCUGGCUGUGGAAUAG